GGGCGGGUGGGGGAGGCGUGCCGACCCUCGCUCGCGUGCGCGCCCCUCCUCGUUUCCCGGACCCUGUCCGCUCCUCGUUCUGUUGCUCCGGGAGCCCUCGGGGCUGUUCCCCUUUUGGAAAACGGAAGGACGGCAGAGGCCUAGAGAGGGGAGGGAGGUGACAGCAAUUUGUGCAUCUCCCGGACUAGAGCCAGGAUCCAUUCCUCCCUCCCCGGAGCCCUCCAGUUCCUCCAGACCUCGCCGACUUCGAAGGGUCCUCCAGGCCACUUGCCCAGCGUUAUUCGUGCCCUGAUGGCUGUACAAAUUCUGAUCUCAAACACGAAAGCAGAAUUUCCCCACUGAGAACUUAGCAACCCAGGAAAGCAGUCAGUUAGUCCUGCACCUUCCAGGCCACUCCACAGCAGACAGGCUGUGCAGGGAGUGGGAGGAGAACCACGUGGCUGGGAGCGCCUGCUGAAUGCCUCGGAGAAGGCAGCCCCCAUUUUACAGAUGAGGAAGUUGAGGCUCAGGGGAAUUGGUUUCCCUAGUAAGGCAGAGGCAGAGGUUUCGCUGCCACCUUCACUGCGCCCAGACCUGGGAAGCACCCACAGGAUUGCCCGUCCUCCGGCAGCUCGGUGCAAAGGUGUGAACUCAGCUUGCUUCAGAGCCUCCCACCAUGACCUCCAAGAAGCUGCUGAACUCCGUGGCAGGCUGUGCCGAUGAUGCCCUUGCUGGCCUGGUGGCCUGUGACCCCAACCUGCAGCUCCUGCAGGGCCACCGCGUGGCCCUCCGUUCUGACCUGGACAGCCUCAAGGGCCGGGUGGCAUUGCUGUCAGGUGGGGGCUCCGGCCAUGAGCCUGCCCACGCUGGUUUCAUAGGAAAGGGGAUGCUGACAGGGGUCAUCGCGGGAGCAGUGUUCACCUCCCCGGCAGUGGGCAGCAUCUUGGCGGCCAUCAGGGCAGUGGCCCAGGCGGGCACAGUGGGGACCCUCCUCAUCGUGAAGAACUACACGGGGGAUCGGCUCAACUUCGGCCUGGCCCGGGAGCAGGCCCAGGCUGAGGGCAUCCCUGUGGAGAUGGUGGUCAUCGGGGAUGACAGCGCCUUCACCGUCCUGAAGAAGGCAGGCAGGCGGGGGCUCUGCGGCACAGUGCUCAUACACAAGGUGGCGGGUGCCCUGGCUGAGGCAGGUGUGGGGCUGGAGGAGAUCACAAAGCGGGUGAGCGCAGUCGCCAAGGCCAUGGGAACCCUGGGAGUGAGCUUGUCCUCCUGCAGCGUGCCUGGCUCCAGACCCACCUUUGAGCUCUCAGCCGAUGAGCUGGAGCUGGGCUUGGGGAUCCACGGAGAAGCUGGCGUGCGCCGGAUAAAGAUGGCAGCCGCCGACGAGAUUGUGGCGCUCAUGCUCGACCACAUGACGAACCCCUCCAACGCGUCCCACGUGCCUGUGCAGUCUGGCUCCUCAGUGGUGCUGAUGGUCAACAACCUGGGUGGCCUGUCAUUCCUGGAAGUGGGCAUCAUAGCUGAUGCUGCUGUCCGCUCUCUGGAGGGCCGCGGGGUGAAGAUUGCCCGUGCCCUGGUGGGCAUCUUCAUGUCAGCCCUGGAGAUGCCCGGCAUUUCUCUCACCCUUCUGCUGGUGGAUGAGCCCCUUCUGAAGCUGAUAGAUGCUGAAACCUCCGCAUCAGCCUGGCCUAACGUGGCCAAGGUCCCCGUGACUGGGCGGAAGCGGAGCCGGGCAGCCCCCACGGAGCCCCUGGAGGCCCCUGAGUCCACUGCUGCAGGAGGCUUAGCCUCAAAGCAGAUGGCGCUUGUGCUGGAGCGGGUGUGCGCCGCCCUCCUGGGCCUGGAGGAACAUCUGAAUGCCCUGGAUCGUGCUGCCGGCGACGGGGACUGUGGCACCACCCACAGCCGCGCGGCCAGAGCGAUCCAGGGGUGGCUGAAGGAGGGUCCACCCCCUGCCAGCCCUGCCCAGCUGCUCUCCAAAUUGUCCCUCCUGCUACUGGAGAAGAUGGGGGGCUCAUCUGGGGCGCUCUAUGGCCUCUUCCUGACUGCGGCAGCCCAGCCACUCAAGGCCAAGACUGACCUUCCAGCCUGGUCUGCUGCCAUGGAUGCCGGCCUGGAGGCCAUGCAGAAGUACGGAAAGGCUGCCCCAGGGGACAGGACCAUGCUGGAUUCGCUGUGGGCAGCAGGACAGGAGCUCCAAGCCUGGAAGAGCCCAGGGGCUGAUCUGUUCCAAAUCCUGACCAAAGCGGUCAAGAGUGCAGAAGCUGCAGCCGAGGCCACCAAGGAUAUGGAAGCUGGAGCCGGAAGAGCCAGUUACAUCAGCUCUGCGCGGCUGGAUCAGCCAGACCCCGGGGCAGUGGCAGCCGCGGCCAUUCUCCGUGCCAUCCUGGAGGUCCUGCAGAGCCAGGGUGUGUGAAUGCCUCCUGGGCUCAAUGCCUCUGUCACUGCUGUGCAGAGGGACCACUGUCACUUCCUUCUGCCUUCCAACAGUCACCCUCCCUCGUCCCUCACCCCUAGGGCCCAUCCUCUGAGUUCAGCAGGAAAUCCUCUCCCAGUCUCCAGAAUGACUCCACUGGAGAAACUGCAGGCCCAGAGUGGGUCACGCCUUUCCCUCUUCAGGGAGGCGGGUCCUCAGAUCACCCUGCCCUGCCCCCAGCCGGCUCUGGGCUUAGCCAUAAGGCACUUUCCCCGGGCGGCAGCACAGCCUUUCACUGGCAGUGCUCAUUUGGUUUUAAGACUCCCUGUGAAAGGCCUCCUGCCCCUGAACCUGAGCCAGUGUGGAAAAGCAAGCUAAUAAACCAGCCUGAAGCAACACA